UUCCUCGGUUAGUUGUUCCCCUCCCUGCGUGGCUGGUUGUUGGAAGAAGUGGUAGAUAAUGAUAACCCUUAAUCAGAUAAGAAUGGUCGUUAUCCAGGUUAUUAUUUUGGUCUGUGUUUUCAUCUCGAGAACCGAAGGAAAUCUGCAAAGUUGGUCCGUCCCCCAGAAGAAAGCAUCCCCACCGGUUCUCUCCUUUUCACCACAAUCCUUCGAUACCGUUGUCCCCUUCAACCCGGGCGGAGACGAGGACCCGCUCUGUUCCAAACUCCUCUCUGGAGAACGUUUCGACCAAGAGACGCAACGGGGUCAGGUCACGAUCGACAUCUUGACCUGCAUUCUUAAGGAAUUGAAGCGGAAAAAUGAUCACGUGCCAACAAUUUCGGAUGGAGGUGGAGAAAGUAGUGAAAGAGAAAGUUGGCUACCCAGAAAUUAUGACAAGCUCCAAGUUCCUCUUGAGUUUCCUGAAAACUUGACGAAUCCCGUCCACGUCGAUUUCUUCUUGAAUAUCGGAGAAGUCAUGGAUUUCAAUGAGAUUGAUCAUUUUAUUGGAUUCGACGUGGAAAUCAUUGCGGGUUGGAAGGAUGGAAAAAUUGGACAAAAUUCCGGCCCGAAUAAUAAUGACGAGGACCACGCCGAUCAAGACAUUUAUUUGAGUGGGGACGCUCUCGAUAAAAUUUGGAGACCAGAUUUCUUCUUUGAGCAAAUCGCGUCCGUAUCGCACCCCAAUGUUGGCGUCGAGCCGAAAACCAUCGUGCUCAAUCCGACCACGGGCUAUGUCAAGUUUAAGACGAGAAUGUUGCUAAAUCUGUAUUGCGAUUUCGACUUCUUCUACUAUCCUGCUGACAGUCAAGAGUGUCACUUUACGUUGAGAAGUUACUCUUACAACACCAAACUCGUCAACAUAUCGUGGUUCGAUGUCGGAAUUUAUCUCCACCGAACGUACGAUUACAACUUUGAGUAUGGCGUCGUGUCCGCGUCGCGAACCGAUGUUCCCGAGCGGAUUGGGCGUUGGAAGAAAUUGGACGAGAAGCACGCCACGCUAGAAUUUGUGGUCAAGUCGAGACGCCGACUAAGCUAUCACUUGGUCCAAACCUACAUUCCCAGCGUGAUUCUGGCCGUGGUCACGUGGUUGUGCUUUCUCGUUCCGAGGGAGCAAUCUGAGGUCAGAGUGGGCGUCGCGAUGACCACGCUGCUCACAAUUACGGCAAUGUUCAGCUCUGUCAGAUCCUCCGCCCCUGCCGUGAGCUACAUGAAAGCCAUCGACGCGUGGAUGUUGGGCUGUAUUUUCUUCAUUUUUGUCACUCUGGGAGGAUUUUUGGCGAUUGCAUGGAUUCAGAAAAAAGAGAGGAUCCGAUACCACCAAAAAAUGAUGACGGCUCCCACCUUCCACUCAAUUGUGGGUGGUUACGACUCAAAAGAUAUCCAGGAAAUCCCCCACGCGACGCAUCUCCACCUCCCCCCGUCCUCCGAGUUCUGUCCGGUCCACUCCCAAUUUAACAAACCACCACCACGUGACACCUCCCUAACCGGAAAUAAUCUCGGCGUCGACCCCGCCUCCGACGACGAGGGGGGCUCCUCAUCCCUCCACAAUUUUGGCGCAACCACCACCACGGAGGAAACUUUUUGUUGCGGAGGCGGCGGAGGGGUAAAUCUUGAUGCUAAAUUGGACUCCAUUCUGGUCACCGUGAUCCCUUCGAGUUUUAUCGUGUUUGUCGUCACAUACUGGAUCUGGUUGCUCGUUGCGAGUCAAUAUAAUCUCUGGACGCUUAGUGCGGACCAUAACGCUUAGAAAAAUUAUUUUGUACACAUUUUUUAGCGUUUGCAUGCAUUUUGGAUUUAGUAUUAUUAGCAUGAGCUGCUUUUUGUUAUCGUUUUGUCAGUCCGUCUCUCCGUUUGGGCAUCUCAUCUUUGGAUGCUUAUCCUUAGUACUGACCAUAAUGCUUAUAAAAAUUAUUGCGUUUUUGCAUACGUUUCGAUUUAUAAGUAGCUUUAGCUGCAUAUUGUGAUCGUUUUGUCCGUCCGUCUGGGCAUAUCAUCUCUGGACGCUUAGUGCUGACCAUAACGCUUAAAAAUUACUUUGUACCAAUCUAGUCGGUGUCAUUUCAUUUUUGGGCGCUCACAAGGGAGGUCUCCCAGCGGAUGCUCUCUGAUUUUGUGGAAACUAGUGUCAAUCGAAUGACGAAUUUAAGUAGGAUGAAAUUUGCGAAAGACGCGAUCUCCCAAUUGACAAGUUUGACAGAGAUAUUUGCAUCCAAAGAGGAGAAAAUGCAGAGAAAGAAAAUCUGUCAACUUUAGGACACGUUUUCUCCUCUUCAGAUGUAAAUAUCUCGUGACCAUUCGGAGAUCGCGUCUUUCCGAAUUUUAUACAGAUUUGGUUGAAAUUUUGGAAUUAUGCAGUUCAACUCAAUCCAACCAACGUUUCUUCAAGAUAUUUGAGAUCAAAGUUUAAAAAAUGGGCGAUUCUUACCAAGCGGAGGAAGAAACGUUCAUUUCCAUUCUUCUCGAAAAGGAAAAUCGUCCAUUCUUCCUCUUUGACUUCGAACUGCGUCAAAAAACGUUUGUUUUAUUGACUUGGACUGCAUAAUUCCAAAAUUUCAACAAAAUCUGGGCACUCUUAGGCAACGGGUAUUGAAUUAUUACUGGACGGAGUACAUUAUAUGACUCUACCGGCAUCGGUAAUAUCGAUCGUUUACGGCACGGCCUAAUAAUGUGGUGGUAAUAAAAUCUUUACCACUCAGAAUCAAACUAUAACUAAUCUGGUAUGGAAUUAUUACCAAAUCAAUACCAGUAAGCAGUACAUAUCUGACUCCACCGGAUGCUUUAUAGUGUGUUCUUUACACUUCAAACCAGUAAAUUUGUGAUGGAUUGACACAAAAGCCGUGACUGGAAGACAAUCCUUGUUAGUUUUGACCAUAAUUAAUAAUUAUUAAUUAUGUCCGUGCUUUAAAAAAUUAUUGUAUACAAAUUUUCGCUUAUUUCGCACGCAUUUUCGAUUUAUUACUGCCCCCAAAAG